AUGUCUGCUAGCCAAAAGACCUACAGUAUCGCAUCCAUCCCAGCCGAUGGAAUUGGCCCAGAGGUAAUCAGUGCUGGUAUCACAGCUCUGAAUGCCUUGACCGAUACCCUCAAGACCUUCAAGUUGGAGUUCAAGAACUAUGAUUGGAGCUCCGAGACCUACAAGAAGACCGGCAAAUACAUCCCCGACGGUGGACUCGAGGAGCUCAAGAAGCACGACGCGAUUUUCUUCGGCGCCGUUGGCGCUCCUGACGUCCCCGAUCACAUUUCCCUAUGGGGUCUGAGACUCGCCAUCUGCCAGCCGUUCCAGCAAUACGCGAACGUGCGCCCAACACGGGUGUUCCGCGGCACUGAGUCCCCGUUGCGCAAGUGCGGGCCCAACGACCUUGACUGGGUGAUCAUCCGUGAGAACAGCGAGGGAGAGUAUGCGGGCCAGGGUGGUCGCUCCCACGCCGGAAAGCCAUGGGAGGUUGCGACUGAGGUUUCUAUCUUCUCCCGUCAUGGUGUGGAGAGAAUUAUGCGGUUUGCCUUUGAGACUGCGCAAAAGCGGCCGCGCAAGCUGUUGACUGUGGUUACUAAGAGUAAUGCGCAGCGCAACGGUAUGGUUCUCUGGGAUGAAGUGGCGAAGCUUGUUGCUGUUGAUUUCCCCGACGUUACUGUGGACAAGAUGCUUGUUGAUGCUAUGACUACUCGCAUGGUUCUGAAGCCCGAGAGUCUGGAUACCAUUGUUGCAACCAAUUUGCACGCUGAUAUUCUCUCUGAUCUUGCUGCCUCUCUGGCUGGAUCUAUUGGUAUCGCGCCUACCUCUAACCUCGACCCUACGCGGGAGUAUCCUAGUAUGUUCGAGCCCAUUCACGGCUCCGCUUUCGAUAUCACGGGUAUGGGUAUUUCCAAUCCCGUGGCUACAUUUUGGACGGCCGCGGAGAUGCUUGCUUGGCUCGGCGAGGAGGAGGCUUCCAAGCAGCUGUUGGUUUGUGUCGAGAAUGUCUGUGAGCAGGGAGUUCUUACCCGUGACUUGGGUGGUAAUGCCACGACGAAGCAGGUUACUGAUGCGGUUGUGGAGGAGAUAAAGAAGCUUGCGGUUAGCAAUUAA